CUUGCAAUCACGCCGUUUCUCGCUGUUUAGCACUGCCAGAAUUCUUUGGCAGGCAGAAUUCCUUUCUGCAGCGUGAACUUUGUCAGGUCCGCGCCUCAUACAUCACUGCCUGCCCUUUGGAUCUUUCCUUCCGCGUUAGGAAUUCAGAUUGUGGCCAGGAAUUUACGGCAGCCAUGUUGGAAGUAUGGACCAGUCAGAUUAACGUUAUGGGCGACGACGGCAAGACCCUGCUGUACGGGCGUGUGGUGGACUUGGCGGCCGACGGGCUGUAUAUCGACCUCUUGUGCCCCAACCGUCGAAGAGAAUUCAUCCCCUUUCACCGUGUCUUUCUCUCCAAACGCGCAGACGAAUUUGGUUUCCUUAUGACUCAGCUGGAUAAAACAUGGACGAGCGUCCCCGUGGAAGUGUUGAGUCGUAAGUAUCCCGGCGGGGCGUGGCGCUGGUGGCCCGGGGAACUGGUGAAUCCCUGUCCGACGCCAGCGUCAGAGCGACACCUCAGUUACGCACUGGCCGUCGUUCAGGGACAGGAUAACAGCGGCGCCACCUGGACGGACAUCGUCGGCGUACAGCACAUUCGCUGGCCCGUCCCAGGUAGCUGGUGGACCGAAAAAGAUAUCGAACAGCCAUCAACGGCGUUGGACGUGACGCUGCUUCGAAGCACCGGACCGGGGCGCCUGGUGAAAUGCUGUCCGCCGCUGCCACCCAGCUGUCAGGGAGCCUCAGCCGCACAGUUGCUGAAGGCGCUGAAGGAACCGCUGACGAAGUGGAUGUUUCCAUUUGACGACCGGGUGGUCAGUGUCGACUUCGCGGAUGGACAGGUCCAGUAUGUCGUGGAGCUGAGCGAUGGCGUCGAGUAUGCGCAAUCGCAGGACGCAGCACAGCACUCUGUGCAAUCGUUGCACAACGGGAUGAUCGAGCGCCUUCCGGACAUGCUGCGCCGGCGUGCGGUGCCGGCUCCGGUGGAAGUGGGAACGCCAGAGGAAUGGCGAGCCGUGGCGUUUGACGUGUGGCAGCAGGUGUUCUCCUACGUAGAUACGCUGACGCAGACCCGGUUGCGCGCGGUCUGCUCAGCAUGGAACGCUAUCCUGGACACGCCGGGGUUGACUGGCAACGUUUUCAUCGACUCGGACGUUGCCAGCGGACAGCAGACGGAUCUCCACUACACUCUAACGGUGCCUAUCUUCAAAACCUACGACCCUCUACCCAGUAUCUGAUCGUUCAUGAC